GAGCAAAGAUACCGGGAGAAGAUAAGUGCUAGUCCCAUCUCUUCAGAUCGAAGGAGGCCUUGGGCAGGGAUUUGCACUGAGUGACAACCUUUCAGGAAGCAAGGAAGAGAAAGAGAAAAAAAAAAAAAAAAAGAGAGAGAGAGAGACCGAGCCAGGACUCUCAGGGACCGCGAAGCUCGACAGUGAAUCGAGAGCACCGAGAUUUUAAGUCAAAGAACCCAGUCGUAGGACACUCGCUCUGCCUGCUUACCAUCGAAGGUAUAUGUAUGGAACUGUGGUCCUGAGAUCUCAUGUCAAUGGCAACGUCAAGCUAGGUGAGCGCCCGGCUCUCCCAUUGGUAUGCAGCGACCAUUUCCCUUCAAGUCUCAAAGGUGGAAACACUUAAAAGGAUUACAAGCGUGAUUUGGUGGCCUUACUGAAAGUUGGUGGCCUGAGGAAGAGAAACUGCAAGGCUACGACACGAUGGAUACAAUUCAACCUCCCAGAGAGUUUGCACCUCCCGCUGGGCAGCCCCUCGGAGCAAAUCUCGGAGAUCUAGAGCGCUCUGCAUGGAUAGUUUUGUAAUCAACUACGAACGAUGAAACCUUCCAUAGCUGAGCUGCUUCACAGAGGAAGGAUGUUGUGGAUAAUUCUUCUAAGCACAAUUGCUCUAGGAUGGACUACCCCAAUUCCCCUGAUAGAGGACUCAGAGGAAAUAGAUGAGCCCUGUUUUGAUCCAUGCUACUGUGAAGUUAAAGAAAGCCUCUUUCAUAUACAUUGUGACAGUAAAGGAUUUACAAAUAUUAGUCAGAUUACUGAGUUCUGGUCAAGACCUUUUAAACUGUAUCUGCAAAGGAAUUCAAUGAGGAAAUUGUACACCAACAGUUUUCUUCAUUUGAACAACGCUGUGUCCAUUAACCUUGGGAACAAUGCAUUGCAGGACAUUCAAUCAGGAGCUUUCAAUGGUCUUAAGAUUUUAAAGAGGUUAUAUCUACAUGAAAACAAACUAGAUAUCUUCAGAAAUGACACCUUCCUUGGCUUGGAAAGUCUGGAAUAUCUACAGGCAGAUUACAAUGUCAUUAAACGUAUUGAGAGUGGGGCAUUUCGGAACCUAAGUAAAUUGAGGGUUCUGAUUUUAAAUGAUAAUCUCAUCCCCAUGCUUCCAACCAAUUUAUUUAAGGCUGUCUCCUUAACCCAUCUGGACCUACGUGGAAACAGGUUAAAAGUUCUUUUUUACCGAGGAAUGCUAGACCACAUUGGCAGAAGCCUGAUGGAGCUCCAGCUGGAAGAAAAUCCCUGGAACUGUACAUGUGAGAUAGUGCAACUGAAGAGCUGGCUGGAACGCAUUCCUUACACUGCCCUGGUGGGAGACAUCACCUGUGAGACCCCUUUCCACUUCCAUGGAAAGGACCUGCGAGAAAUCAGGAAGACAGAACUCUGUCCCCUGUUGUCUGACUCUGAGGUGGAGGCUAGUUUGGGGAUUCCCCACUUGUCAUCAAGCAAAGAGAAUGCAUGGCCAACUAAGCCUUCCUCAAUGUUGUCUUCUGUCCAUUUUACUGCUUCUUCUGUUGAAUAUAAGUCCUCAAAUAAACAGCCCAAGCCCACCAAACAGCCCCGAACACCAAGGCCACCCUCCACAUCCCAAGCUUUAUACCCUGGUCCAAACCAACCUCCCAUUGCUCCUUACCAGACCAGACCACCCAUUCCCAUUAUAUGUCCUACUGGGUGUACCUGUAAUUUGCACAUCAACGACCUUGGUUUGACUGUCAACUGCAAAGAGCGAGGAUUUAAUAACAUUUCUGAACUUCUUCCAAGGCCACUGAAUGCCAAGAAACUUUACCUGAGUAGCAAUCUGAUUCAAAAAAUAUACCGUUCUGAUUUUUGGAAUUUCUCCUCCCUGGAUCUCUUGCAUCUGGGAAACAAUCGUAUCUCUUAUGUCCAGGAUGGAGCCUUCAUUAACCUGCCCAACCUAAAGAGCCUCUUUCUCAAUGGCAACGAUAUCGAGAAGCUGACACCAGGCAUGUUCCGAGGCCUACAGAGUUUGCACUACUUGUACUUUGAGUUCAAUGUCAUCCGAGAAAUCCAGCCUGCAGCCUUCAGCCUCAUGCCCAACUUGAAGCUGCUAUUCCUCAACAAUAACUUGCUGAGGACCCUACCAACAGACGCCUUUGCAGGCACAUCCCUGGCCCGGCUCAACCUGAGAAAGAACUACUUCCUCUACCUUCCUGUGGCUGGUGUCCUAGAACACUUGAAUGCCAUUGUCCAGAUAGACCUCAAUGAGAAUCCUUGGGACUGUACCUGUGACCUGGUCCCCUUCAAACAGUGGAUUGAAACCAUCAGCUCAGUCAGUGUGGUGGGUGAUGUGCUUUGCAGGAGCCCUGAGAACCUCACCCACCGUGAUGUGCGCACGAUUGAGCUGGAAGUUCUCUGCCCAGAGAUGCUGCACAUCCCACCAGCUGGAGCAUCCCCAGCCCAGCCUGGAGAUUCUCACCUUGCUGGGGGGCCAACAAGUGCAUCACCUUAUGAGUUCUCGCCCCCUGGAGGCCCCGUGCCACUUUCUGUGUUGAUUCUCAGCCUGCUGGUUCUUUUUUUUUCUGCAGUCUUUGUUUCUGCAGGCCUCUUUGCCUAUGUGCUCCGAAGGCGCCGGAAGAAGCUGCCCUUUAGAAGCAAGAGGCAAGAAGGUGUGGACCUUACUGGCAUCCAGAUGCAAUGCCACCGGCUUUUUGAAGAUGGUGGCGGUGGUGGAGGUGGAAGUGGAGGUGGGGGCAGACCAACUCUCUCCUCCCCAGAGAAGGCUCCUCCUGUGGGCCACGUAUAUGAGUACAUCCCCCACCCAGUUACCCAGAUGUGCAACAACCCCAUCUAUAAGCCUCGCGAGGAGGAGGAGGUGGCUGUUUCCUCAGUCCAGGAGGCAGGGAGUGCAGAACGAGGGGGUCCUGGGACACAACAACCAGGAAUAGGUGAGGUUCUCCUAGGAAGUGAGCAGUUUGCUGAGACACCCAAGGAGAACCACAGCAGCUACCGGACCUUGCUGGAAAAAGAAAAAGAGUGGGCCCUGGCAGUGUCCAGCUCCCAGCUCAACACCAUAGUGACGGUGAAUCACCACCACCCUCACCCUCACCACCCAGCAGUUGGUGGGGUUUCAGGGGUAGUUGCGGGAACUGGGGGAGACUUGGCUGGGUUCCGCCACCACGAGAAGAAUGGUGGGGUGGUGCUGUUUCCUCCUGGGGGAGGCUGUGGUGGUGGCAGUAUGCUACUAGACCGAGAAAGGCCACAGCCAGCCCCCUGCACAGUGGGAUUCGUGGAUUGUCUCUAUGGCACUGUGCCCAAAUUAAAGGAACUGCACGUCCACCCUCCUGGCAUGCAAUACCCAGACUUACAGCAGGAUGCCAGGCUCAAAGAAACCCUUCUCUUCUCGGCUGGAAAGGGCUUCACAGACCACCAAACCCAAAAAAGUGAUUACCUCGAGUUAAGGGCCAAACUUCAAACCAAGCCGGAUUACCUCGAAGUCCUGGAGAAGACAACGUAUAGGUUCUAACCGUAAAAGAAAAAUAAAUUAGUGCUUUUUUUUUUCAAAAGAAAAGGAAAAUAAAAGAAAUAUAUCCCUUGCUCCCUUUACACUUGUCCCAAUAACUCCAUUCUCACAAACUUCCCUGCCCUGAACAGGACUGAAAUCGCAUGAUAACUAGAAAAUACAGAUGUAUGCUCUCCCCUCUCAGAUGUGAUUUGGAGGAAGGGCCAUACUCAGAUCAUUAAUCAAUGAAGUGCCUUCGCAGACUUUUGCCAGCAAAUGUUAUCAUUAUUUUUUAUACUGAAACUUGAGACUUUGACUGUGCCAUGUAUAAGGUAUAUUGGGGAUCAUUGUAUUGAUCCUAAUUAAGUAAAAUUUGAUGUGUCUUUUUAUUUUCAGUAAUUUUUUUUUUUUUAGUUGUAGUUUUGUUUGAUUGGGGGGGGAACAAUUGACAUUUGUGGCUUUCUUUCCUCUUCCCAUCAUGGCACAGAUUCUGUACAUGUAUUAACAAUGCAGUUUGCUGCAUGCCUGGAAACUGCAAGACGGGGAGGGAGGGGGCGGGUCUUGCUCGAAUGUUCUCACCCACUCUUUUUUCUGUCACACACAUACCCCCAUGCAAAUCACAAACCCUGCACACAGUCAGGUCCCUAAACCUGCAGCCUCUUCCUUCUGGUGCAGGUACACACACACACACACACACACACACACACACACACACACACACACACACACACACACACACACACAGACACACAGACACACAGACACAAAUGUAUACAUGUGUGCGUGCAUGCGCACACAAACACGCGCCCCAUUCCUUUUCAACCCAAUUUAAUUAUUUUGGGUUUGAUCCAUUCCUCUACUCUGCAUAGCUUCAUGUUCCCUUCAACCCUAGUGUACAGCACUCUCCUACCACCCUGGGAAAAGUCAUAUUCUAGGUUGGAUCCUACUGAAGUGGAAGCCUGGUGUUUUAACAGCUGGAAGCAUACCUAGGGAUGAGCACCCUCUUUGUGACACUUCAUCCUGAUGCCAAGAUUUUUUGGAGAACAUCUGCACUUUCUUAUAUAUAUAUAUAUAAUAUUAAAAAAUAAAAAAGCAACUGGGUAUAUAUCACUAACAGCUUUGUAGGAAGCACUUUUAAUGUUUUCUCUCUCACACACAAAGAUUCAAAAGAAAUGUGCAUAUAUUUAUUCUGUAAUUUCAGUGAUUAUAAAUUGUAAAGGUAAUGUUUAAUCAUUGUAUAGUGAUUAUGCGUCUGGUAUAGCUUUCCUAAUAAAAAGUUUUUGAAAAACAUAAUAUAUUAUAUAUAGAGGAUACCAAGCUUGAACCUUAAACUCCAGCUAUGCCAUGCCUUUCAUGCUCCCAUUUUUUUUUAAAUCUUUCUUUUACUUGUUAUACAGAAAGCUAGUUUAUUAACAAGUUUGAUGCACUGUGAUGUUGAUAAAUCUUAUUACCUACCACCCCAUCACAUACCAGGAUACAAUUGGGACUUAAAAAAAUCUGAUUUAUAUAGUUCACUUUUACUCUUGGAUUAUGAAUUUCAAGCUCAGAAACCCAAUAAUGCACCAUUUUUCCUAGGCAGGUUGUGAUUGGGAGAAAAUAAAGUAAGGAGAUUGCUAAGAAGUACAGGAUUAUAUAGACGAGGUAAUCAAGGAAUUAAGGAUCCAUGCACCUUAAGAUAGUAAAUGACAUAAAGAAAAAGGAAAGUGAAAUUGCUAUUCUUUUUUUAAAACAUGCAGUAAAAUCACACACACACACACACACACACACACGCGUACCAAACUCUAAGGCCCUGGAGCCAAUUUGACUGUCAGAAUCCUGUUAAUCUGUACAAGUUGUCAUUGUUAUAUUUAGCUACUAGAUUUUUUUCUAGCCACCUAACUGCAGCUGGCCCCAGUCAGGCUUGAAUUAAGACAGAAGAUGCUGAAUGAGUUUUUCCUUCUGUAUGGUAUUAAAAUAAUGUUUAAAAUUAAUCUGACAAUAAUCCAAGUUAUGAUCCAUUUACAUGUGAGUGAAACCAAAGAAAAUUGGAUUUUUAAGGUGCCAGGAUCUUGUUUGUGAAAGAAACUAAACUGAUAGAAACCUGAGCUUUGAGGCAGGCACUUAUCUCAUUAUGCCAGUAGAGGGCAGCAGAGCUCCAGAGAUCCACAGACCCUGUAGCUGCAGAACUGUGCAGUGAGGCCAGUGUUCUCUCAGUUUUCUUAAGCUGCCCUUAGUAGAAAUUAUCGUUACGUGUUGAAUGUAAUUCACCACAAGUCACCAAUGCCUUACAUUACUUCUUUUUCAUAAAAAAAGACUUGCAGCUUCUAAAGCUGUGUUACUGAUAUAAAAGUUAAGGCAUUGUAUUUAAAAAAGCCCCAUGAAUGUCUAGAAGAACAUAUUUAGAUAUCUCUUGAUUAAUUAUAAAUGGGUAUCAACAUAAGUAUGCAUAAAAUAAAAACAAACAUAUAUCAAUACAAAAAUGCAACUUUUCAGGGCCGCCUUGCAUUUGGCACAUUGUACCUAAAUUUUCUGUCUUCCAUUAUUUGAGGUACAUUGGAAUUAUAGCAGAAAAGAAAACCAUAAUUCACUAUAUCUCUACAUACAAUAUUGAAAUGUACUUUUCUUGUGCAAGAGGAUCAGAUCCACAAUUAAAUAGGUGUCAUUCUCCUUUUUUUUGUUUAUUCUCUUUACUUUCCCAUAAGUUAGCUUUUUCUUAGUUAUCUCACUUUCCUUAUUCUUUAUAAUCAUCCUUCCCUCCUUCACUUGAGGACUUUUUUUUUUUUAAAGCACAGAAAGUCAGUGUUUUAAACACCUGUAAGUGUUUUAAAACCUGAUCUAAUGGAGUCCCUCUAAACUAGUGAUUUAUCAUGUCCCCAUUCCUCAAUAAAAUACUCUGGUGAAUGGUAGAAAGCAUGUGCAUAAUAGAAAUUCAAAAUGAAAAGCUAGAUACUUCUGACGGUAAUCAUUUCCUUAAUAACAAUGCACACAUUCAUAACAUGGCAUAUUAUACAAAUCAGGUUAAAGUACAAUCCCUAAUGAUCCUGGUGCUUUUGACAUUUGAAAAAUGUGUGUCCAUAACCAUAUCAAAUUACAAUAUAACUUGAUAAUUAUGUUUAUAUUUUAUUUAUUAAAUACAGAAAGACUCUUUUGUCUUAAAUAUAGGUAGUGAUUUUACUCUUGAAUGAGGAAUAAAUUUUAUUUAGCAAAAAUAAAUUUAUAUGAGAAUGGAAUUUUGUAUUCAAGGAGAUAAAUUUUUGCUUCCAUGGAGUUUUCUACCCCUUUGGCUAGGCUACUUAUUUUAGCUGUGCCGUAGAAUUAUUUAAGUUAGCUUUAAUUUAUAAUACCAGGUAUGUUUUCAGAAAGUACCAUGGGUACUAAUCUAGGUUCUCUGAUUAGGAUUUGUUCCAUGUUUUUGUUGCAGUAAAAAUUACUUUUGAGAAAAAAGAUUGCUAAUUCACCUCACAGUUAUGGUCAAUUUGACUGAAGCAGACCCAGAUCUGGCAGAUAUUUGCUAUUAUUCAUUGCUACUUUACUAUAAAUUAUAGUAAUAAUAUUUGAAAACAAUAAAAUGUAUUGUAAUAUCCCUUUAAUUAUAAGAUGGUGAGUGGAAAAUAGUUGAAAGUGAAAUAUUAGUUUGACACAGUAACGGUUUUAACAUAUUAUUAAUCAUACAGUGUAAUUUAUGUGGAUGCUUUUAUGUUUUUAUUUAAAAAGCUACAUUACUUCCUCCAAUUGCAAAAUACUAAAAACAAUAUAUAUAUGUAAGUAUGAAAAAGUUCAGAGAGAGAUCACAAGGAAAGUUUAAUGACUGAGCUUAAAUUUUUCUUUUCCCCCUCAACUAGGAAUGUUAGUUUUAAACCCUUGAUAUCUGAGAAUAUUUGUUUCUAGCACUAUAAAAGUUGAUAAUGCAAUUGCAGAAAUAAGGAAUUUUCUUUAACUAUUGCAACAUAUUAUUUUGAUUCAUUUAGUGUAAAUCCAUUGUUCACACAGUCCUAUCCUUUUACAGGUAUGUUGUCUGAGCUGAUUAAUGUUCUAAGAUGGCUAUGACAAAGGCAACAUUAAUGAAAUGCUUUACAAAAUGUGAGACAGGACAACAACAAGUCAAGAUAAUAUGAAAGGAAAUGAUAAUAAAAGAACACUCUAUCUUAAAUUAAGUGAGUUGAGCUGGUUUAAUUUGAACUUAGACAUUUAUAACUUAGCUCAAAAUCCUCAGCUAAAAAUUCAGGUGAACAGAUUAUAAAUAUCACUAAUUUUUCCAUAUAAGUGUCCGGUUUAAUAUCUAUAGGCCUUUUAAAAGUAAUAGGAGCAAUAACACAUGUGUAAUUGGGCAAUCGUGUGUAUAUGUGUGUGUAUAACUAUUAUAUAUGUAUAUACACUGUAUAUACAUGUAUAUAGUUUAUAUAUGCUGAAUUAUAUUUACAUGUAAAUUAUGCACUUUUUCUCACAUGUAUAACAAUUUCAGUUUUAUGCAUUUAUUUUCCUUGCUUCUGUCUAGCUAAUGUCCAAGUGAAGAUGGAUGAAAUUAUGAGUCUUCACUUUGGAAAUACUCACAUGUAAAAAGUAACACUGUAAUUAAUAUUUCUGAAUUUAAAAAUUAUUUUAUCUUUCAAUUUGUUUCCUUUUAUUAUUUAAGUCAUAGGGGAUAAAUCUCAAAUUGUGAUUUAAGUCCUCAACCGUAAAAAAGCUGAUCUCUUAUAAAUAUGCAACACAAGUCACAUGAAAAGCAAGUCCUCCUUUUCCAGUUUUCUAUUUCUAGAAUAAAUUUUGUAGGUGAAAGUAAUUACCUUUGUAAUUUAUCUAUAGAAAAAGUGAAAUCUUAAAAGUAAAUAUAAGAGAAGUAAAGGUCCUGUUAUGACAUUCAUGAUCUUAUUUAUUUCUUUUAAAUAUCAUCCUUUAUUUAAAGUGUAUAAAGGUAGUGAUAAUAAAAAUAGAUAACCAUUUCUAGUAUACUUUUAUGAAAUCUAAAUUGAAGGAGAUGAUUUCUCAUGUCAGGAAAGCAGGUGUACACCAGAACUUAUCUGUUGUGAAGAGGGAAUAGCUUGGGUAGAAUCUUCAAUUCUGAUAAUAUUUGCUCCUGAAUAUAAAUAAUUUUUGAAAAUAUGGAUCAUUUCUUCUCUAUUGCACCAAUACAGAUGAUUUUUCAUAUAAUUUAAAAAUUCUAAUAGAAAAUAAUACUUGUGGUGAAUGUUAAAGAUAUAUAACCAAGGAGGCAUUAUAAUAAAUUUAUGGUUGACCCAACCUCUACAAUAUCUUUAAACAUUAAAACACAGAUGAACAUUAGUAAAAAGGAGGCUUUCCUCAUUACCACCCAGUGACAAAAAGGCCCAGUAUACCUAAUUAACUGUUUCCUUAGUAUGUUCAGUUCAUCUACUUGUUUAUUAGUACAGUGAAUUGAUAGUUUGCACUGUAUUAAAUUGUAUCAAAAUCAAAUAAUUUUCAUGAAAAAAAUACAAUCACCAGUAAAAACAAACCUGAAUAAUUCAUUUAAAUUCAACUGCAACAAUUAGCACGUUGUUCUCUUGAUGACAGGUAUCACAUUACCAAUAUUGUAUUAUAUGUGAAUAUAGGGCUUUUGUGCUACUGACACAUUUUACUACUUUUAGGCUUACAGGAUGAUGGAUGACCAUAUAAUGAUUUUUCGUAGCAUUUAAAACAAGAGCAUAACUUUCCUAACUUGGGGAAGGAAAAGUUAGCCCCGAAAGAAGAUGCUGAAACAAAGAUGUCAUCUGAUCGUGUGGAGGGACAGAAAGAAGUUCUCUUCUUCCUGGCCCUAUUCCUGUCACUAAUCCUGACAGCUCUGUUUCUACUUCUGUUUCUGACUCAGUACCAAGAUAUUCUUGGGACUCAGGGCACAUUUAUUGAGCUCAAAUUAGGUGCCAAGACAAGAUCAGGGAUGGAUGAGAGUCCUUGCACCCAAUGACAAAAUGUCCAAUUCACUUACCUUUGUACCUAGGCUGAGAAAAUAAUUCAACACAUAUCUCUUCAUUGUGACAUCAUUUAUAAGUCUGGUGAAAAAGUCAGAACCUAUAACAGUAAAACAGAACCACUUCUAGAAAUUAAGAGAGAAUCAGCAAAUACUUUAAAAAUAUGGAACCUAUCUUUAAAAUCUCAAAACCUUGAACUUCCUCCUUUUAAAUGUACUCUGUCUUUGCCAUGGCUUCCAAAAUACUAGUUUAACUGAAAUAAAGAAACAAAUGUAUAAUAUUUGUAUUAAGACCACCUGCUGUUACUGGAACCCACACAUUUUCAGUGGUUUUUCCUUAUUUACAGUAUAAACUUUCUGACUAUUCAGAAAUUCUAAGGCUUCCCCCCCCCCCAGAAUUCUGGUAAAAUGAGUUAUCUUAAAAUGUCUUUUCUUGUUGUUGUUCUGUGGUAACUUUAUAACCAAAACAAUUAUGUCAAUAUGUAAACUAUUAACCAUAUACUGUAAUUGGAAAAAAAAAAAACCCUUAAAGUCUAUCUAAAUUGGGCAUUUUAUAUGUAUUAAAUUGAAUUGGGAUUUUUU